CAAGGACCUUAGGAAUUUGAAAGGAAUUAUGCUAUUUGCAGCUCUGUCUAGAGUCCAGACCAUUCAAAAUUCCUUUUCGUUGGGAAGUUAAUUCCUUGUAUAGGGGUAUUAUUGUUAUAUAAAUAACAUUGUUAUGAACAAACUUUAUAACAAAUUGCGGUUUCUUUACAUAAUUUGGUAGCCCUGUGUAUAUUCAGUUGUUAAGAAACAAUAGAAAAUUGUAUAUUAGUGGUUUAUAUGAAAAUAAUUUAUCACAAAGAUAAAUAAUUAAUGUUUCAAGCAGAAUAAUGGAUGAAAAAAGAUUUUCUUAUUUGUUCUCUACCUCUGAACCACUACUUUCUCAAAAUGCAAUUGGUAGGAUUUCUGUACCAAAGGCACCUUUGCAGAAGGAUGAUACAGUUAUUGAAAAUGAUGAUAUAGAUUUGCUAUCACAUAGUGAUAUGAGUUGGGAAACUAUGGAGGAUAGAUAUAUGUUAUUUGAAAUUGCAUCUAAUGAUUCUAUAUCAACUACUUCAAAGUCUUCAUCCAAUUCGAAUCUUUCAUUUUCAUUGCUUGAUCAAAUAUCACUUUCAAUAGAUCAAAAAAUAAUACAAUGUGCAACUGAAAACAACUGGAGUAGUUAUGCUCUAGAUAUCAGUUUAUGGGAUGAUGGUAGAGCACCAGUUAUGAAAUUAAGAAAUCUUAAAGAAACAUCAUUUGAUGAUAUAGAAUUCUGUGGAUAUCUUACUGACAGACUAAUAGGAGUUGGAAAAUCAUUUUUGACUAAAUCUCCUGAAAAUAGUCUUUAUAUAUUAAGCAAAUGUAUUAUGAGAAAUAUGUCACUAUCAAAUAUUACAAUGUUAAGUUACCACCGUUACUUACAAUAUAUUGAUCUUGCAUAUAAUUAUAUUACAAAUUUAUCACCCCUGGGAGGAGUCCCCUACUUAAUGUAUUUAAAUGUAGCACAUAACAGAAUGAAUACUAUUCUAAAUUUUUCACCUCCUUGGUAUUUGACAUAUGUAAAUUUAUCAUACAAUUAUAUAUCAAAAAUGUAUGAUAUCAGUGAUUUCUGGAGUAUUGUUCACUUGGAUUUGUCACAUAAUGCAAUUGAAACCAUUACUGGUUUGCAAAAUUUGAAAUAUUUGAAAUAUUUAAAUUUAUCAUAUAACUUAAUUGAGUACAUUGAAAAUUUGGAUAGAUUAAAUAUUCAAGAACUAAAUUUAGAGGGCAACUGUAUACUGUCAUAUAAAUCCGCCAUUCCUGGAUAUGGCAUAAGUACUUUAUCUGAUUUGCGGAAAUUAUAUUUAGGAUACAAUAAAUUGUCUACUUUAGAAUUUUUUAAGGAUGCAUAUAGUUUACGUGUGAUAGAUUUAAAGUUUAAUAGAAUCAAUGAUUUAUUAGAAUUAUUAAAUCUCACUGGUUUAAUACAAGAAGUAGAUUUUAGAGGUAAUAGUUGCACAAAGUGGCCUAAUUAUAAAGCUGUACUUCUAUUUUCCAUACCAAGUAUACAGAUUAUUGAUGGUGUUAAUGUAUCUACUUCAGAAAAGAUUGCUGCAGUUGCUCUAUUUGCACCACCAGUAAAUUUAACAGCUGCUCGCACUAUAACAAAGCUAACUUUAUUAGAGCAAUUAAAUAUUCCUAAAAUUGAUCUUCAUGUAACACCAUAUGAUGAAGUGAGCCCACCUAUAAUAAUACUCACAGGUCCAAGUGCAGUGAGAAAAUUAUCUUUGGCUCUUCAUGCGACCCAAACAUUAUCAAAAAAAGUCCAAUAUUGUCAGUGGUAUACAACAAAAAGCUCAGAAGAUGAAAGUGAAAAUCAAUUUUACAUUUUUGUAGACAGAGAAGAAUUUAAUGAUAUGUCUCGUCAUGGAGAAUUUUUAGCAAUUCAAGAGAGAUUAGGAUACAGCUAUGGAUUUCAUCACAAUCAAAUUACUUCCUUAAAAUUAAGAAAUAAAAUUGGUAUAACACAAACGGAUUUACAUGCAACCAUUCAAAUGCUUAACCGGUAUUCCAAUAGUAGAGCAGUUCUUGUGCUCCCAAAAAAUGAAGAAAUCCACCGUGAAUGGAUACAAGAAAGGUUUUAUGUUUAUACAUGUACUAAAGAUAGUAAAGAAAAUUUAUUAUCUGAAGAAAGUUCAGCAAUACCCAUAGGAAGUGAUAUAAAUUUUAUUAAAGAAAUUUUAAAUGAUAUUAUAAGAGAUCUUAAAUUGCUUCCCAAAAUUCCACUGGCAACAGAGACUGAUGAUAAAGCAACUCAUAAUACAUUGGGGAAUGUAACAAUAUUUGAUGAUGAAGCUGUGCAGGGUACAACAGAAAUGAAAGACAAAACAUCAAAUUAUAUUAAAUUUCAGGAACAAGACACUAAUUCACAUUUUGAUGAUAAAGGAUUACGAGUAUUGAGUUUAUCUAGCACUAUUUCCACUCAAUCUUCCACAUUUCAUAAUUUUAUAUUAAUAAUAGAAAAUUUGAACACGGUCUUAUUCAUUAAAACGGGUCUUGAUAUAGGUGAUUUUUUGAGAAUACCGGAUAUUUUUAGGAAAUCCGAUACUUUCGCGAACUCGACCCAAUCCGAUGUGUUUCUGUUUCAUUCCAACUAUCGGGUAAUUUUAGAUGAGCAUUCAAAUGUUAUAGUGGAAGAUGAACAAUUAAGGCGUAAAAGACAUCAAGCAAAACUUUUGCAGCGUCGUAAUACAUUGAUUCGAGGAAUAGUACCUUUAUUUACAGAUGAACUUAGUGAAUCAAGUGAAGAACUAUUAACAAGAAGAUCGCCAGAAAUGGAAAAACCAGAAGAUAUGAAAGAUUUCUAUACCGACUUGAUAUUAAAGUCAAGAAAAAUGUAUCUAGAUCAACAUGUGAAUAAGCCUGGAUUUUUUUCCUUAGUGCUACUAUCAGAUGAUUAUUUUAAAGCAUUUAACAAAUUAAUUAAUUUUAUUUAUGAAUUAUACACAAAUUAUUCUUUUCAAGAACCUAAAUUUUUAGCAGAACUUAAUCAUUUUUCAAAGAUUGCUAUUCCGGCAAUGGUUGAUCCCAUUAUUGAUGAAAUAAAACAAUCUUUAUCAACGCCUAUAUUACAAAGAAGAACUUUGUUGAGAAUGUAUGGUGUUACUUCAUGGAAGGAUUUGAUGCCCAGUCAAAUAGUAGAAGAUUUAACUGAUGUUGCUGAUUAGGUACAAGAUAAAUGUUCAGUUAUAAAACUAGUUAAUCCACUCAUAAUUCAUUUUUUAAAGUUUUCAUUUUACUGGUUAUAUGAUUAUCUUGUACAAUGUAUUUUAUUGAUAACAGUCUGUUUUCAAAUAGUAAUAUAUAUAUUACAAAAAGUGAACACAUUUUUUUAGAAAUACUUUCAUACAAGGAACUCUUAAUUGACAUAAGAAUACAUAUUUAUAAUGGCUUUACUUAUUUAUGCAGAGUUGAUUUAUAUAUUAUCCUGCUAAGUUUAAAAAAUAUGAUAAUAGUUACACAUGUAUAUGAUAAAAAAUAAUUAAUUUGUUUAAAGCGUU